AUGUCUGUGACAUCCGAUUGUUGUUCGAAAUGUCCUUAUGUAUUAGUGGCGAUAUCAGAGGCAGCAGCUAUUGCAGCAGCAACCGAAGCGGCAUCAGCAAUAUUCGUCGUAAUUGUAUUAGCGCUUGCCGCUGCCUGCGCUCUUGUCCUCGGUGGUGUCCGAAAAAAAAAUCGUUCACAAGAGGAAGAAGAGGUUUUUCAGUUGAAUCGUCGACGAGAAAGAGCAGAACGUCAGAAAUUCAGACGGCAACAAGCUCGACAGCUUUUCCAUGAAAGCAACAGGACUACGCAUAGUUCGACACAAACAAAUGUACAGAAUAAUACUAUACCAGAUUACCUAGGAAAAUUAGAAAUUCCGUGUAAACAUUGUCAUGCAUUACAUUUCAAAGAUGAGAAAGUAAAGGGUAAAGGAUUGUCGUUCAAUGACUGUUGUGGUCAUGGAUCAGUUUCUUUAGAUCCAUUAUUAGAAUUUCCUGAAGAACUUCAGUUAUUACUAAAAGGAGAACACCACAAAUCUGUUCUAUUUUUUGAACAUAUCAGAGCAUAUAAUAAUUCAUUAUCUUUUGCGUCUUUUAAUGCUAACUUGGUUAAUUUUCAAUCACGUCGACCAGGUCCAUAUUGUUUUAAAGUUCAAGGACAAGUUUAUUAUCAAAUCAAUACAUCAUUGUAUCCGUGUGAUGAUGAAAAUCCAUCUUAUGAUCUUAACUUUACUUUAGAUACAAUAAUUCGAGAAAAUAAUGCUUUCGCGCAAUCUUAUCAUAUGAUAAGACAAGAAAUUGAAUAUCAGCAAGCAUUAUUUAACGAAACUAACCAGCCUCAACCAGAAUUACAAUUACUUUUUUCUUUGAAACCAGGGCAAGAUAAGGGAAGGUAUAAUUUUCAGAGAGUUAAUGAAGUAGCUGCGAUAUUUGCUACGACAGCUGAUGGCGAAAUCCCAGAAUUAUAUGUAACUAUUAGAAAUAAAAAUACGAAAUCAUUACAAUGCGUAAGUACGAUGGAUCCCAAUGUUGAGCUGUGGAUAUAUCCAUUAUUUUAUCCGUAUGGUUCAUCAGGAUGGUUUAGAAAUUUACAACAAAAAGAUAAUAGCAACAGACGUGUAACUCGUAUGGCAUAUCACAAAUAUAGAAUGGCAAUAAGGUACUGUAAAGAUCACCAAAAAGAAUUGCGAGCAGAUACAUAUAAAGGUGUCAGUGAUUACAUGCAAAACUCUGCUGAUACUGUAAAUGGUCAAGUUGGUAAAUCUGUCAUUCUUCCAUCGACUUUCAUAGGAUCACCACGAUAUAUGCAACAAUGUUAUCAAGACGCAAUGGCCUUAGUAAAUGAAAAAGGAAAACCUGAUAUUUUUCUAACUAUGACGUGUAAUCCCAAUUGGGUUGAAAUACAAGAAAUCCUUUUACCUGGUCAACAAGCAUGUGACAGGCCUGAUCUUGUUGCACAAAUUUCUAAUAAAUCCGAAAAUCCACACCUGCAAGACCUUGUGAUAAAUCAUAUGACACAUGGGCCCUGUGGAGACUGGUGCAUGAAGGAUGGAAAAUGCUCAAAAAAUUUUCCAAAGCAAUUUCAAAACGAAACAACCUUGGAUGAAAAUGGUUAUCCACACUAUCGAAGACGAAACGAUGGCAUUACUGUUAAUAAAACAAAUAAUCACGAAGUAGAUAAUCGUUGGGUGGUACCUUAUUGUGCAAUAUUAUUAGAAUUAUUUGAUUGUCAUAUUAACGUUGAAGCUGUAUCAAGCAUUUGCGCUGUAAAAUACUUAUAUAAAUACAUUUAUAAAGGCCAUGAUGCAGCAACAGUUGUAAUUCAAGAUUCUGAAAAUGGAACUGUGGUCAUACAUAAUGAAAUCUGUCAAUUUCUUGAUGCACGCUACGUUGGACCUGUUGAAGCGUGUUGGCGCAUGCUUAGCAAAACUUUACAAGAUAAAAGUCAUUCCAUUAUGAGAUUACCUGUACAUUUACCAAAUGAACAAAAUAUAUAUUUUUCUGAAUCAGUUUAUGAAUUAAAUUUAGAAAUAUUACAAAAAACCAGUAGUUUGCUAUUAGAUUUCUUUCAAUUAAAUAGAGAUGAUGAAUCAGCAAGACAGUAUUAUUACAGUGAAAUUCCAUCUCAUUUUACACAUAAGAAAACUAAAAUAAAUGAUGUCACUGUUACAAAGUGGCAGCCUAGAAAAAAACAUUUCAAUACAAUCGGUGCGGAAAGUUUUGAGCAUUUAAGAACAGUUGAUAACGCCAUACAUCCAACUUUCAGUGCAGCUUGCUUAGCUUUAGGUUUAAUUGAAAACGAUGAUGAAUGGAAUAGAGCAAUGAAUGAAGGAGUGCAGUGGGUGAUGCCGCAAAGACUUCGUUGCUUGUUCGUUCGGAUUUUAAUACAUUGUCAGCCGACUAAACCAGAAGAAUUAUGGAUGACUUUUCAAGACGCAUUAUCAGAAGAUUUUUCUAGAACACAGGAGAAAGAUUUAGCUUAUCAAAUGGCGUAUGCAGAUAUUAAUAGAAUAUUAAACGAUGAAGGUAGAAGUUUAGAAGAUAUUCCUUCAAUGCCACCACUAUUGCGAAACUCAGUUCACGUUCGAGAACAUUUCUUAUUAAUAGAAAUGGCUGAUAGGGGGAAUGUAAAGUAUAAUAACCUAAACCCUUUGCAGAAAGAAAUAGUUGAUUUAGUUAGCAAUGCUGUACAUGAUGAAAAUUAUAGUGGACCCCGUUGUAUUUUCAUGGAGGGACCGGGAGGAUCAGGGAAAACGUAUGUGUAUGAAACAAUGUAUGAUUUACUAACAUCUAAAAAUAUAGAAGUAUGUACAAUGGCUUAUACGGGUAUUGCUGCAACUCUACUCCCUAACGGAAAAACAGUGCAUAAGAUUUUUGGUUUGCCAGUUCCAAUGUUUAAUGAUUCAACGUCUAAUAUCAAAGCUCAAUCUAAAGAAGCUAAAAAGCUUAGGAAAACGGCAGUUUUCAUUUGGGAUGAAGCUCCAAUGGCUCCCAGAUAUGCAUUAGAUAUUGCAAAUAAAGUUUUGCAAGACGUUAUGGGAAAUAAUUUACCGUUUAGGGGAAAAAUCAUGAUUCUAGGUGGGGACUUCAAACAAUUAUUACCAAUCAAAGUAAGAGGAACAAGAAAUGAAACAUUAAAUCUUUCUAUAAAAUACAGCCCAUUAUGGAAACAUUUCAUAAAAUAUAUAUUAACAACUAAUAUGAGAGUUUUAUCAAAUGAAAUUGAUUUUUCUAAUUUUUUGUUGAAUGUAGGAAAUGGUUCACUGAAUGAUAAAGAUGAUUACAUAGAUGUUCCUGAUCAUUGUAUACUCCCCGAAACAGUAAGCAUAAUAGAUAUUUUUGGUCAACUAAUUCGAGACAAAAAAUUUGAUGAAAUGAGUGAUUGUGCAAUUUUAUCUACUAGAAAUGAAGACGUAGAUAAUAUUAAUAGAGAAAUAACGGAUUUAUUAGGUGACGUAGAUCAGCAUAUAUAUACUGCUAUUGAUACUGUUGUAAACAAUAAUCGAUGA